AGCCAUUGAUCUCUCCCUUUCACAUCGCGCGCAUCUCCCAGCCAUGGCAUCUCCGGUACCAGAGAGCCCUGGCAAGCUGCCCGACGGGCAGCCUGAACCCGUUAUCGUGGGACCCGGCUUGAAGACACUGGGGGAGGAUGCCUACCGGAAGGCAUCGACCGCAACACCGAGCAUGAGUGUCGAUAAGGUAGAUCAACCGUCCAGCGACGGUCCGUCGUACUUUGAUAAGGUCCAAAGCAGCAAGGAAACCGCUGCCAAAUCGCCAUCCACUCCCGCUGAAGCGAUGGAGGGAGCCAGAUCCGGUCCAGAGCUCCUACGACGGUUGAGCCUGGUCGGGGAGUCAACCCCCAAGACGCCCGGGACAGACCUUCGAGCGGCCCAUCCGGGGCUGAAGUUGACGGGGAGGAUCAUCAACGCGGCGUUCUGCAUUCCAUACAAACUGGGCUUCCGGUCCGGGGCAGACUGGGUAUGACCUCAUUCUCUCUCUCCAGUCUGUGUCUGUCUUGUCUUAUUCUCUCGGCUGAUGGUUUCUCUCAAAAGGAUCUCAAGCAACGCCCCGGAACGUUGUCUUUGUUCGAUUCAUUCGCGUAUUUAGCAUCACCCGAGUCCACAUGGUCCCAUACGCUGGUCGGCUGGACCGGGGAGGUGGAACCAAUUCCAGAUGGAAAGACGCCUCUACAGCCUCUCUCGGUCAAUAUCGAGGGGAAUCUCCCCGCAGCUGCCAGCGGCGUCCGUCCUGCACUCAACAAAGCUGCCGCGCCCAUUCCGGUGGAUGCUCGUCAGAAGCCACCUGCGAACCCGCUGGUGGAGGGCAUCAGAGUGACGAAAGAAGAUCGCCAGCGUCUCGAAACCCAGCUUCAAGACAGCCGGUACGGAAGGAUCCUUCCGCUCUGGUUGUUCGACGAAUCGGACGAGCCGCAAGACGAUAUUGUCCUGAAGGAUCAAGGUAGAUGGAGGCGCUAUGCGGAGCGUGAGCUCUAUCCUCUACUCCACUACAAGCAGAACGGCCCAACCGAUGGCAGAUCAGAACGCAAAUGGUGGGCUGAUUAUGUCCGCCUGAAUCGUCUAUUUGCGGAUCGCAUUGCGAAGGCGUAUCAGCCGGGCGACAUCGUCUGGGUCCAUGAUUACCACCUGUUCCUUGUGCCCGGGAUGUUGAGACAGCGACUUCCGAACAUCUACGUUGGUUUCUUCCUGCACGCCCCCUUUCCCAGCAGUGAGUACAUGCGCUGUCUGGCCAAGCGCAAGGAAGUCCUGACGGGCGUCCUCGGUUCCAACAUGAUCGGUUUCCAGACUUUCUCUUACUCAAGGCACUUUUCUUCGUGCUGCACGCGAGUAUUGGGCUUUGACUCCAAUUCUGCGGGAGUCGAUGCCUAUGGCGCACACGUCGCUGUCGAUGUGUUCCCCAUUGGAAUUGACGUGCAGAAUGUCCAGAGAGUAGCCUUCGGUAGCCAGGAGAUUGAGGACGCAGUGGCCGGUAUCCGCCAACUAUAUGCAGGGAAGAAAAUUAUCGUCGGUCGUGACCGGCUGGACAGCGUUCGUGGAGUGGCCCAGAAGUUACAGGCGUUCGAGACGUUCCUGGAGCGGUACCCUGAGUGGCGCGACAAGGUGGUUUUGAUCCAGGUGACCACUCCGACGAGUCUCGAGGAGGAGAAGGAGGAUGCGGAUACCAAGGUCGCGAGCCAAAUAUCCAAUCUCGUAUCUACCAUCAAUGGUCGUUUCGGCUCGCUCAGCUUUUCUCCUGUUCAGUACUACCCGCAGUACCUCUCGAAAGUGGAAUAUUUUGCCCUAUUGCGAGUUGCCGACGUCGGUCUGAUCACCACUGUUCGAGACGGCAUGAACUCAACCAGUCUGGAGUACGUGGUGUGCCAGCAGAACAACCACAGCCCCCUGAUCCUGUCCGAAUUCUCCGGAACGGCAGGGUCACUGCCCAGCGCGAUUCACAUCAACCCGUGGGACCAAGGGGGAGUGGCAGCCGCCAUCAACCAGGCGCUGACCAUGUCUCCGGAGCAGAGACUGGAACAGCACACGAAGCUCUACAAGCACGUCACAUCAAAUAACAUUGCAGCCUGGUCAACGCAGUACCUGCACCGCCUCCUGACCAACCUGACCUCCUUUGACCAGUCGAUCGCUACACCCGCCUUGGAUAGGUCAAAGUUACUCAAACAGUACCGCAUUGCCCGGAAGAGACUGUUCAUGUUCGACUAUGACGGCACCUUGACGCCCAUUGUCAAGGACCCGCAGGCGGCCAUCCCGUCCGACCGGGUCCUGCGGACGAUCAAGACUCUUGCAGCGGACCCCAGGAACGCAGUGUGGAUCAUCAGUGGGCGAGAUCAAGCCUUCCUGGACGAGUGGAUGGGCCAUAUCCCAGAGCUCGGGCUGAGCGCCGAGCACGGAUGCUUCAUCCGCAAGCCACGCUCGGAUGAUUGGGAGAACCUGGCCGAGCGGACGGAUAUGGGAUGGCAGAAGGAGGUGAUGGAGGUCUUCCAGCACUUCACCGAACGGACGCAGGGAUCGUUCAUUGAGAAGAAGAAGGUCGCUCUGACAUGGCACUAUCGCCGUGCGGAUCCCGAGUAUGGUGCUUUCCAGGCGAAGGAGUGCCGGAGGCAGCUCGAGGAGACAGUGGGCAAGAAAUGGGACGUGGAGGUCAUGGCUGGCAAGGCCAAUCUCGAAGUGAGACCGACCUUUGUCAACAAGGGCUUUAUUGCGGCCAGGUUGGUCAAGGAGUACGGGCCGCUCCCAGAAUCCGCACCGGAAUUCAUCCUGUGCCUGGGAGACGACUUUACCGACGAGGAUAUGUUCCGGGCUCUCCGCGACUGUCAUCUUCCUUCCGACCACGUUUAUACCGUGACGGUUGGCGCCAGCUCCAAGCAGACGGAUGCGAACUGGCACCUGCUGGAGCCUGCUGAUGUGAUUUCCUGUGUCGCCAUGUUGAACAGCAGCUCUUGUUCCGAGGAAUACUGAGGGACGAGUUCGCUACGGAUGACGAAUUCUCUUUUUCAGCUUCUUUAGCACCGUGUCUAAACACGCGUAUAUGUCCAGGAUAUGCCAGUUUGCAUCGGCAUUAUAAGGAAGGCAUUGGGCAGGGGCUGUCCGUGGUAUAGCCAUGGACGGUGUUGUGUUGGGUUGGUCAUAGCACAUGAUAGACUAGUCGGUCUCCCAGUUAGGGUUCUCAGUUCCCGGGGAGAGUCAUUGAUUCAUAUAGAGAUAUAUAUAUAUAAUGCGAUUCAAUUGUUCGAACUCGCCUGGUUGCUAUGACAGCACAAGUGUUCAGA